AAAACGUGUAAGGUUUGAAUGGAAAAAACAUGAAGAGUUUGAAAGCCAAGUUCAGGAAGAGUGAUACCCAUGAGUGGAAUAAGAAUGAUGACCGACUCCUCCAAGCUGUGGAUAAUGCAGAUCUGGAGAAAGUGGCUUCCCUUUUGGGCAAAAGGGGGGCCAGCGCAACCAAACAUGACAGUGAGGGCAAGACUGCCUUCCAUCUUGCUGCCUCUAAAGGAUAUAGCGAAUGUCUCAGGCUUAUGAUUACACAUGGCGCAGAUGUUACAACUCUGGAUGGAACAGGGCACAGUGCUUUACAUCUUGCGGCCAAGAAUAACCAUGUUGACUGCAUCAAGAGACUUCUUCAGUCCAAAUGUCCAGCAGAGAACACAGAUAGCUCGGGUAAAACUGCUUUACACUAUGCAGCUACCUAUGGCUACCUUCAAAUAACUCAGCACCUGUGUGAACACAAGUGUCCAAUUAACAUCAAAGAUGUGGAAGGAAAUACACCUUUCUUACUUACCGUACAAAAUGGCCACUCUGAAGUAUGCAAAUGCCUUCUAGACCAUGGGGCAGAUGUCAACUCCCGGGACAAAAAUGGCAGAACUGCUUUGAUGCUGGCCUGUGAAGCUGGAAACCUGAACAUUGUGGAAACCCUGAUCCGAAAAGGGGCAGAUAUAAAUUUGGCAGAUGCACUUGGACACAAUGCCCUACAUUACUCCAUGCUUUCCGAAAAUACAGGAAUUCAGAAUCUCCUUCAAUCCAAAAUGGUUCAAGAUGCUGAUGCCAAGUCACCAAUCAAGUCAAAGCAGCAUGAUGAAGUCUCUAAAUUAAGUUCAGAAAGAAGUGGAACUCCAAAAAAACGCAAAGCCCCUCCACCUCCUCCCAUCAGUCCUAUCCAGCUUGCUGACCAUUCUUCAUCACAUGCAACAACUUCAACCCCAGCAUCUGGGAAAGACCAGUUCUUUGCCCAACGAGGAUCCAAGCAGGAAGAUACCAGUGCUAUUCCGUCUGAUUGCAAAGAUGGGAUAAGGGAGAGCACUGUAGGUGCUAAUAGUUCAUUGGAUGUGAGUUCAGAAACAGAUCAGCAGGAUUUGCUCCUGAUGUUGCAAGGAAAAGUUGCUUCUUUAACAUUACAAAAUAAGAAAUUGCAAGAAAAACUUCAGGCAAGAGCCUUCAAAACAGAAGAUACAGACACCACAAUGGAAUCUUCUUGUUCCACCCACACGGAAUUCGGUGCCUUCACUAACAGGCUGAGUGAAGGCUCGGCAGUAUCAGCUGAGGACAUAAGCACAUCUUCCCUGAUCUUGGCACAGGCUCAGGAAGAAGCAAGCCCUAAUGAAUUAAAAAUUAAACAGUUACAAGAAAGCUUAGAAGAAGUACAGAAAAGACUAGAUAGUUCAGAAGCAAAGAGGUUGCACUUGGAGUCACAGCUUCAGUCUAGCAUGCUGGAGGAAGGUCCUUUGUUGAACAGCUCAGAGAUUUCAGAGAAUGGCUCUGACCUCAAUCAGAAGCUCAAAGAAACUCAAAUCAAAUACGAAGAAGCGGUGAAGGAGAUGCUGCAUGUCCAGAGACAAAUGAAACUGGACCCGGUAACUUCAGAAGGCAAAGUGCCUGACCUGCAGGAGAUCAAAACAACCUGUGAAGAAGUUGAGCUGCUGAAGGAAGAGCUGAAGAAAGCUCAAGAAGAUGAUGAAAUGCUGAAAGUGAAGGUGAAGGAACUAGAAAUAAAGGUGGAAGAAUGGGAGAGAAAUGCAGCUGGUAUAAUGUCUGUGGAAGAAUGUGAGGAGAUGAAAAAGUCGUAUUGUUCAGUUAUUGAAAAUAUCAACCAAGAGAAGGUGUUGCUAAUUGAAAAAUAUAAGGAAGGACAGGAAGAAAUCAAAAAGCUUCAAGACAGAGUGAAGGCUCAGAUGGAAUUAGAGCAGAGUGAUGAAGCUGAAGAGGUGAAGGUUGCAAAGAACCAAAUGAUAAAUGAACUCAACAGGCAGGUUAGUGAACUUUCUCAAAUGUACAAAGAAGCCCAGGCAGAACUUGAAGAUUGCAGGAAGAAAAGCACUCCAGAAGACAUAAGUUCCAGAUACAUACCUCUGGAGGAAUAUGAGAAGCUAAUGGAGGCCACCCUCUCACAGAGACAACAAGCUGAACAUGCUUUAUUGGAAAUGAAGACACAAUAUACAAAAGUGUUAAGUGAAGUGACACAACUCCAAAACUUGGUUGAUGCUCAAAAGGAGAAUUCUGUCUCCAUCACAGAACAUCUUCAAGGAGUUACCGCUCUCCAGACCUCGGUGAAGGAGAUGGAAGAAGAAAUAAGUGAGCUCAAAGAGCAGAUACUUCAUAAGGAGAGUGAGGUACAGCGUCUGCAGAAGGAGUUGUUAGAAGAAGAAGCUGCAGUGUGCGAAGCCAUGGUGCCUAGAAUAUUGUAUGAAGAGCUCCAGUCUUCUUCAGAAAAUGAAGUCAACACCUUGUCAUCCAAGCUGAAGGAUUUAAUGAAAGAAAAGGAGACCUUGUCUGCCAAUCUUGCACAGUUGAAGAAGGAGAUCUCACAAGUGAAAGGGGAGAAGGAGAACCUCCAAGCUCUUCUCCAAGCCAGGGAAGAGGAAAUCAGAGGACUACUUCAUCAGUAUCAUAAGUCUCAAGAAGAACUCCUCGUAAUGAAAAAAGCUUCUGAGAGUGCCUUAAAAAUGGAUGAAGACAAAGAUAAAAAGAUAACAGACAUGUCCAAGGAAGUUACCAAGUUAAAGGAAGCGUUGAACAGUCUUUCCCAGCUGUCUUACUCAACUGGUACACCUAAACGACAAAGUCAGCAGCUGGAGCUGUUGCAGCAGCAAGUGAAGCAGUUACAAAACCAACUGGCUGAAACAAAGAAGCAACAUCAGGAGAUAGUUUCUGUUUACAGAACACACCUGCUUUAUGCUGUGCAGGGCCAGAUGGAUGAAGAUGUCCAGAAAGUGCUUAAACAGAUUUUAACAAUGUGUAAAAACCCAUCACAAAAAAAAGGUGAAACUGUUUUUGUGGAUCCCUGAUGGUGUUGCUGCUG